AUGUUUCGGCAUUCCAUUCCUAUGGAGAGCUUCACUUAUGCUUUUGUCUUCAAGGCUUGUGCUCGGACGCACAUGCUUGAGACUGGGAGAGCUGUCCAUGGUCUUGCCUUGAAAAGUAGCCAUGCAUCACAUCUCUUUGUUGCCAACACUGCCGUUCAUCUUUAUUUUGCUUGUGCUGAACUGGGUUCUGCUGAGAAGGUGUUUGAGGAAAUGGGUAGCAGAAAUAUUGUCACUUGGAAUGCCAUGAUUUCAGGCUAUGUACAGAAUGGGCUGCCAAAUGGUGGGUUAAGAGUGUUUCAAUGGAUGUGGGAAGAGGGUAUCAGGCCUGAUUAUGUUACCAUGGUUGUUGUGAUCUCUGCUUGUGCACAGAACAAGGACCUUGAACUUGGGAGAUGGAUUCAUGCUUAUGUUUCUGAAAACCCAUCUGACUUCGAAUCAAACAUCAAUGUUGGUACCGCUCUUAUAGACAUGUAUGGAAAAUGCAAGCAGAUUGACAUAGCUAAGAAGAUCUUUAGUGACAUGCAAAGGAAAGACAUUGGCGUCUGGAACGCACUUAUAGGAGGUUAUGUCUUCAAUAGCCGUUCCAGUGAAGCUUUAGAUUUGUUUCAGAAACUGGAAACGACCCGCUUGGAUCCAGAUGAGACCACAUUGGUAAAUACACUGCGAGCUUGUGCUAAUGUCGGGGCAUUAGAUAUUGGGAAGAGGAUUCACCAAUAUGCUCAAGAGAAGCACUUCAUGUCAAAUCAAAUGUUGGACACUUCCUUGGUUGAUAUGUAUUCAAAGUGUGGGUGUAUCAAUGAGGCAAGAGAAGUCUUUAAUAAGAUGUCAAAACGGGACGUCAUGGCCUGGACAUCCAUGAUAGUAGGGCUAGCCAUGCAUGGACACUCAAAGGAUGCACUUGAUCUCUUCUCGCUAAUGUUAGAUUCUGGUCAGAAGCCUGAUGGAAUCACCUUUUUAGGUGUUCUAAGUGCUUGUAGCCAUGCAGGUCUGGUUGAUCAAGGAGUUUACUACUUUGAAACCAUGAGAAACAAGUACUGCAUUGCUCCAAAAAUUGAACACUAUGGGUGCAUGAUAGACCUCUUUGGACGGGCAGGCCGUCUCAAAGAAGCACAUGCUUUCAUCCUUUCAAUGGAAAUUCAGCCAAAUGCAAUAGUUUGGAGGGCCCUUCUCAGUGCUUGCAGAUUGCAUUCAAAUGUCAACUUGGCUGAGACUGCCAUUGAGAAUCUGUUCAAGCUGCGGUCAGAUCACUGUGGAGACUAUGUGCUUCUUUCAAAUAUAUAUGCUUCAAAGGGUAAGUGGAACCUAGUGGAGAAUAUAAGGAGGAAGAUGGAGGAAGGAGGGAUAAGGAAGAUACCAGGUUUAAGUUUGAUUGAGGCAAACAGCCAGCCAAGAGUGGAAAAAUGGCUGGAGCUGAGCAACCACCAACUUGACCAACUUGGUUACAGAUAG